CCUCCCCCCUCCUUCACCCAAGCGGAUGAAAACAAACACUAACGAUGGCGGCGCCGGGAAGCGACCGGCUGCUGGGUUUAAGGCAGGAGUGAUCGCUUGAGCCUUAAAGAGUUCCGGUCGACGUGAGUGUGCCAACUCACUCAGUCCUGAGAGCCAAUACCUGGGGCCUGCGAACCACCGGCCUCCUGAGGCGUGAGACGGUGUCUGUCUGCGACCAGGGCUGCCAGUGCUGCCCCGGAGCGCGGAGCCCUUAGCCGGGAGGCGCAGCUGGCCGGCCCCGGGCCCCGGCCACCGUAAUGAGAGCCCCGAGCCACUCUUUGGGUCGCAGCUUUGCAGGUGAGGGUGACUCUUGACUAGUGAAAAAAGACUCAAGGUUCACGACUGUCUUCUCACUGGCAGUGGAACGGCUUGUGGAAACCUGCGAUCCAUUGUCAUUAAAUAAAUCUCUGGAUUCCCAUAGGCAAUGGAAACUGAUCUCAAUUCCCAGGACAGAAAGGACCUGGACAAAUUCAUUAAAUUUUUUGCCCUCAAGACUGUUCAAGUGAUUGUCCAGGCUCGACUUGGAGAAAAGAUUUGUACUCGUUCAUCUUCAUCCCCAACGGGUUCAGAUUGGUUCAAUUUGGCAAUCAAAGACAUCCCAGAGGUUACACAUGAAGCAAAGAAGGCACUGGCAGGGCAGCUGCCUGCCGUCGGGAGAUCUAUGUGUGUGGAGAUCUCACUCAAGACUUCCGAGGGAGAUUCCAUGGAACUAGAAAUCUGGUGUCUUGAAAUGAAUGAAAAGUGUGAUAAAGAAAUCAAAGUUUCCUACACUGUGUACAACCGAUUGUCGUUGCUGCUGAAGUCUCUCCUUGCUAUAACUAGGGUGACGCCAGCUUACAGACUCUCCAGGAAACAAGGGCACGAAUAUGUCAUAUUAUACAGGAUAUAUUUUGGGGAAGUUCAGCUGAAUGGCUUAGGGGAAGGUUUCCAGACCGUGCGUGUUGGGACAGUGGGCACCCCCGUAGGCACCAUCACUCUCUCCUGUGCUUACAGAAUUAACUUGGCAUUCAUGUCCACCAGGCAAUUUGAGAGGACCCCGCCCAUCAUGGGGAUUAUCAUUGAUCACUUUGUGGACCGACCCUAUCCCAGCUCCUCGCCCAUGCACCCCUGCAAUUACAGGACCACUGGUGAGGACACUGGAGUAACAUAUCCUUCUGUAGAAGAUUCUCAAGAAGUGUGCACCACCUCUUUUUCCACCUCCCCGCCGUCCCAGUGUGUGUUUACUGUCACAAAGGCACAUUUUCAGACCCCUACUCCUGUGGUGACGGAUACCCUGAGGGUCCCCAUGGCAGGACUGGCCUUUUCCCAUCAACUCUCAAGCUCUCGCCUUUCCUAUCAGCCUGCUGCUCUGGGCGUUGGAUCAGCUGACCUGGCUUACCCAGUAGUGUUUGCUGCUGGCUUAAACACCACACAGCCUCACCAGCUAAUGGUUCCUGGAAAGGAAGGUGGGGUGCCCCUUGCCCCCAACCAGCCUGCCCAAGGCGCCCAGGCUGAUCAGGAGAGAGUGGCAACCUACACCCCUUCUGACGCGGCCCACUGCGCUGCCACACCUUCUAGCAGCGAGGAUACCGAAACUGUGUCCAACAGCAGUGAGGGGCGGGCCUCUCCCCACGAUGUCUUGGAAACCAUCUUUGCCCGAAAAGUGGGGGCUUUUGUCAACAAACCCAUCAACCAGGUGACCUUGACGAGUUUGGACAUACCCUUUGCUAUGUUUGCUCCCAAGAAUUUAGAGCUGGAGGAUGUUGACCCCAUGGUGAACCCUCCGGACUCCCCGGGGACGGGGUCCCCGCUCCAAGGCAGCCUGCACUCCGAGGGCUCCAGCGGGGGCAGCAGCGGCCACACCCACGACGAUUUCGUCAUGGUGGACUUCAAACCGGCCUUUUCUAAGGAUGACAUCCUUCCGAUGGACCUGGGGACCUUCUAUCGUGAAUUUCAGAACCCCCCUCAGCUGAGCAGCCUCUCCAUAGAUAUCGGGGCACAGUCCAUGGCUGAGGACUUGGACUCACUCCCAGAGAAGCUGGCUGUGCACGAGAAGAACGUCCGAGAAUUCGAUGCCUUUGUAGAAACCCUGCAGUAAAAGUUGGCGCCCUCAAGUACCGGCAGCAGCCCCCUUUUGUGGUCCCAAGAGACAGAGAGCCUCCCACUCAUCAGCUGCUCCCGCCCCUCGUCCUGCUCCAAGUCAGGUGGAGGGAGGCUGGUUUCCCCCAUGGGGACCCAGAAGUCCCUGCUCUCACCUCCUGGAUUCUCCGAGGCAGCAGUCAGGCCCAGUUAGAGCAUCUGGAAGAGUUCACCCUCUGGCCUUGGAGAUGGGGAGACCCUUUGCAGCAAAGGGGCCUCGGGCGGGCCAUCUGCUUCCACUACCUGUCAGCAGCUGCUCCAGUGAGGCUGUCAUCCCGCCUUCCCGCUGCCGGGCCCUGUUCCCCAGGUCUGCCCUGCAGCUGGCCCCUCUUCCGCCCUCCUGCUGUUGCCACCAAACCAUUCGACAUUCCAGCUGGUGGCCCGGAGACUCGCGUGGAGGCAGAAAGAGGAAGGAGAGGUUGUGGGAGGAAGAAGGAAGUGCUGCUUCAGGCUCUUUGUCGUCUCCUUCAGUUCUGUAUCUUCUUCCUCUCUCCCCCCCUUUGCCCCUGUGCCUGUAUUUUUGGCAAUAUGAUGCCAUCUGCCCAAGAUGAGAACUCCAAAGUCAGCCAUUCCCACCCUUCGAGGCUGUGCUAGCCCCCCCCUUAACAGAAGGUCUGAGCAGCCCCGGUGGCCGCCAGUGCGCAGCCCCUCAGCCACGCAGGCUCCGCCCUUGCCUGUUGGCCUGGGGGCCACAGCAGAGGCUCUUGUCUCUUCCCUCCCCCGUUGCCGCUCCUUGGUUAUAGGACAUGGUAAAUAUUUAUUACUUUCAAAGACAGAUAUUUUAUAGAGAAAAUAUGUUUCAGGUGAGGUGUUUUCACUUGGGGAAGGUGAUGGGCCUCUUCCUGGGGCAGGGCCUCCACCUGUGGAGGUUCCUCAGGUUCCAGGUUGCUGCUCUGGGGAUCUUCCUCCCCGUGUGCUUUAGGUGGGAGCCCGCACAGGGCUGGCGAGGGCCACAGGGCCUCCCAGGCUUGCUGCGUUUGAACUGACAGCAGGCUUUACCUUGGACGCCUCUGUUCCUGGUGAGAGCCUUGGAUCUCUCUCGGCUUCUGCAGUGACUGACUUUGUUCUGGCAGCCUAGGAAGCCCCGGGUGCUAAAUGUGGCGACUAGCGUUGUGCCGCCCGUAGUGCCCACUGGUGAGCCCAGGGAAGCCCAGGCGGGCCCCUCCUUCUGGGGUACUUGUUCCUGUUUCUCAGGGCUGGGUCGUGGGCCCUUUCCUCCUUUCACCUGGGCCUGGCCACCACCUUCCUCUAACCCCAGGGUUUGUGCUGUCCUGAGGUUUCCUGGGUGUAUUGGUUCCUUGUUGAGAAGCUGAAGCUGGGCAUAUGAUCCACCUAA